CCGUGUACUCAGCAUCAGAAAAUGAGUUGUAUAACUUGAUUGCUUAUCAAAGCUAAUUAAACAAUUUUCUACGUCUCAUUUUUUUUAGAUAAAAAUCAUAAAUAAACAUUAAAAUUACACUAGGGACUUAAAUGCUUAGAUAAAUUGACGAGCAAAUAGUGUUUCUUUGUAGAUCAAAUUAAUUGUUUAUAAUUAUAUAAAUAUUUACCUCGUAACUCUCGGAUGAAGACAUCGCGCGAACUACCAACGGAUUCUGAGUCAUUCUCUUAACUAACAAGAUCAUCUUAAUGGAUUUGUGACGUAAAGUUAUGUAGGACUGUUUGAAAAGUUAUAAAAAACUGAUAUAAACCAUAAAAAUGUCAUAUACAAAUGAUGCGAGGGCGGUGUGGAAAAUGCUGAACGGAGUUUUUAUUAUUUAUAAACCUGCAAGAGUUCCACUGAUGGUUACGCGGGAAACAAUUAGCCGGAAUUUGUGUAGAGAUUUAAAUGCAUUGAAAGUUCGACCGCCAGAUCCCUACGUUUUAAUCGAGGGCGAAACCAACAAAAAAUUAAGAGUCUCAGUACGACCAAGUUUCGCAGAUAAUGUUCUCGUGGUUGGGCCUCGAUAUCAACCACAAGAUUUUAAAAUAAAUUGGGCAAAUCACUUGUACCAAGACACCACUGGAGUUGUCGUUUGUGGAGUCAACGACGGGUGUAAACUAAUCCACAAAAUAAAACGUGCUGCCCCAACGAGAUUUUACAGAGUAAAAGGAAUUCUGGGAAAAGCAACUGAUACUCAUUUUAUAACCGGGAAAAUAAUCGAAAAAUCGACUUACCAAUUUUUAAGAAGAACUCACAUCGACAGAGUUUGCGCUGCAAUGCAAUCUUCUCAUCAGAAAAAAAUGUUUGAAGUUUGCGGAAUCGAUAUCCAAAGUCAGGCUGCUUAUGAAUUAGCAGUAAAAGGAUUAAUCAGACCAUUGGAUAAUAGAAUUCCAAUGCUGUAUUCAAUCAAAUGUGUCGAUUUUCAAUCUCCUGAAUUCACGAUUGAAAUCGUUUGCAUAAAUGAAAACGAAAUGUACUUGAAAAGUAUAAUUCACGAGCUCGGUAUGGAAAUGAAGAGCACAGCGACUUGUUCCCAAAUCCACUGUUUCCAAUACGGAAUAUUCAACGUGGAGCAGGCUUUGCUCACGAAAAGUUGGAACUUGCGAAGUAUUUUAGAAAGUAUUGAGUCCUGUGAUGAAUUAUUGCGAAAAAAUUCAUUUUUACUCGAACAGGAACAUCCAAAUUUAAUUGCGCCACACGAUGAAGAUUUGGAUUUGAUUGAAGAAGAAAAUCCAGCUUUACUCGAACAAAGUCAAAAAUAGUCCUUAUUUGGUAAGAUUGUAAAUACUUUUAAUUGGAAAUAAAAAUACAAUACAGAAAAGACAA